AUGAAAUCACCCAAACCUCCGAAUCUCUCUGAGAAAUCUCUUAAACCCAGUUUCUUCUAUGGCCACCGUAAGCCGUCGCAUAACCGCCCUGUCGUAUACGGUGGUCUCUUCUCCAACCGUCAAACUCUCUCCAGAGAUUCCCCCCAAUCGCAAUCCAACGCCGUCGCCGACCGGACUCCCUUCGAUCUCCGCAAAUGGGACCCGGAAACCCGUCUAUCUUCGGAAAGAACUUCCUCUCCGUCGCCUUCUGCGGCGAUUUCCGCCGCCUCCGAACGUCUAUCUCCGAUCGCGCGGUUCGUCCUCGACGCUUUCCGCAAGAAUCGUAAUCACUGGGGACCUUCCGUUGUCUCUGAGCUAAGCAAACUCCGCCGCGUCACGCCGAGUAUCGUCGCCGAGGUUUUGAAAAUAGGAAACGAUGCUGCAGUUGCUGCCAAGUUCUUCCAUUGGGCUGGUAAGCAGAAAGGGUAUAAACACGAUUUCGCGGCUUACAAUGCUUUUGCGUAUUGCCUUAAUCGAACUGGGAAUUUCCGUGCCGCGGAUCAGUUGCCUGAGCUCAUGGAUUCUCAUGGAAGGCCUCCUUCGGAGAAACAGUUUGAGAUUCUGAUCAGAAUGCAUUCGGAUAACAAGAGGGGUUUAAGGGUUUAUUACGUUUACGAGAAGAUGAAGAAGUUUGGAUUUAAGCCUCGGGUUUUCCUGUACAAUAGGAUAAUGGAUGCUCUGAUGAAAAAUGGCUACUUUGAUUUGGCAUUAGCCGUUUAUGAGGAUUUUAAAGAAGAUGGCUUGGUGGAGGAAAGUACUACUUUCAUGAUCUUAGUUAAAGGAUUAUGCAAAGCAGGUAGAAUGGAGGAGAUGCUCGAGAUUCUGCAGAGAAUGAGAGACAAUUUGUGUAAACCUGACGUUUUUGCUUAUACAGCAAUGAUUAAGACUCUUGUUUCUGAGGGGAAGAUGGAUGCAAGUUUACGAGUUUGGGACGAAAUGAUACGCGACGGGGUAAAACCGGAUGUAAUGGCAUAUGGAACACUUGUUAUGGGUCUGUGUAAAGAUGGAAGAGUUGAAAAAGGGUAUGGAUUGUUUAUGGAGAUGAAGGAGAAACAGAUUUUGAUUGACAGGGAUAUCUACAGGGUUUUGAUUGAAGGAUUUGUAGCUGAUGGGAAGGUCAGAUCUGCUUGUGAUCUAUGGAAGGAUCUGGUGGAUUCUGGGUACAUAGCUGAUUUAGGGAUAUACAACGCAGUUAUUAAAGGCUUAUGCACUGUGAACCAGGUUGAUAAAGCAUAUAAGCUCUUCCAAAUCGCAGUUGAGGAAGAACUAGAACCAGAUUUUGAGACCCUGAGUCCCAUUAUGGUUGCAUAUGUAGUGAUGAAGAGACUGGGUGAUUUCUCGAAUUUGCUAGAACGGAUUAGGGAAUUAGGGUACCCUGUAGCAGACUAUAUUUCACAAUUUUUCAGAUUGUUGUGUGAUGACGAAGAAAAGAGAACGAUGGCUUUAGAUGUCUUUGAUGUAUUAAAGACUAAAGGUCAUGGCAGUGUCUCUGUGUACAACAUCCUUAUGGAAGCUCUUUACAAGAUGGGAAAUAUUCAAAAGUCUUUGUCACUUCUCUCUGAAAUGAGGGAUUUUGGGUUUGAACCAGAUUCAUCAUCGUACAGUAUUGCAAUUAGCUGCUUUGUUGAGAAAGGGGAAGUCCUAGAGGCAUGUUCAUGCCAUGAAAAAAUCAUCGAGAUGUCGUGUGUUCCUUCCAUAGCUGCUUAUCUGUCUCUUACCAAAGGACUCAGCCAAAUUGGUGAAAUUGAUGCUGUCAUGAUAUUAGUUCGUGAAUGCCUGGGAAACGUUGAAAGUGGUCCUAUGGAGUUCAAGUAUGCUCUUAGGGUUUGUCAUGAAUGCAAAGGGAGUAACGCUGAGAAGGUUAUGAGGGUGCUAGAUGAGAUGAACAAGGAAGGUAUCUCUAUCAACGAAGUUAUAUUCUCUGCAAUUAUCUCUGGUAUGUGUAAACAUGGAACAAUCAAAGCAGCGAGAGAAGUCUUCGCGGAGCUGAAAAGGCGCAAAGUUAUGACAGAGGCUGAAAUGGUAGUCUAUGAUGAAAUGUUAAUUGAGCAGACAAAGAAGAAAACAGCUGAUUUGGUGCUUUCAGGGAUCAAGUUUUUCGGUCUUGAGUCGAAACUAAGAGCAAAAGGUUGCAGACUUCUCGAUAACGAAAGUUUGGAGGACUGA